AACCCUAACACUUACACUAACACUUACACUAACACUCACACUCAUACAUGCGCGUGCAGAGAGAGAAUGGGCAUUCAUGAUUAAGAACACAUACUUGUUACAAUAUCACGACAUUUUACAUAACAUUGUAUUUCCCGUUUUAAAAUCAUUAGAUUUGUGUCAAAAUGUUUCCACAACCUGUUAAAUAUAUUUUGAGAUAUGCCCUGGCUUGUAACAAUGCGUUAUGUACGGUGUUAUAGCCUUGAAUAUCUUGUGUCCUGAUGUCUGAACAUGAGAAAUAUAUAUGUUUGAAGAGAUAAGUACUUCACGCAGAACUCGAGCACCUACCACCAGUAUUCUGCAGACGACAGUUAGCAGUCAUGUCGCAUCGUCAUCCAACCCAACAGAAGCCGCAACAGAAUACACAACAGAGAGAACAGAUAAGGAGUCGCCAUCCAGAAACACCCUGGUUCCUCUGAUUGGUGGAGCUGCUGGCGGCGGGAUCGUCUUAUUGGUUCUCGUCAUCACUGGAUGUGCUCUUUACAGAUGGAAGAGUGGGAUGAACCAUCCUGAUGACGGACAAGCGGCGACAUAUCCCAACAGACAACCAGAAAUGCUGUGGCAGCUGAAAUGA